AGUCAUCGCCUUACGCGUCAUUGAUUUUAUAAAUCAUCUCUUGGUCCCUUUCCUCCGUAUAUCAAUAUUUUUGACAUCCUACUUCCAGCUAAGAUAUACCCAACAAAAUGAUGCUCGGAGGUGCUCCUAAAUGCGAGAGCUGUAGCAAGACAGCUUAUCAUGCCGAACAAGUCAUGGGGCCAGGCCGAAAGAUAUAUCAUAAGCUAUGUCUGAAAUGUCUAAACUGCGGUAAAAGACUGGAUUCUGGUAGCCUUGUUGAGCACGAUUCCCAUCCGUACUGCCAGAGAUGUCAUGUCGUCUUGUUUGGAACAAGAGACCUUCGACACGCCAACGUCCUCCCCUCCAUCCCCUCAACACCACCUAAACCAACCCCUCCUCCAUCUGUCAUGACUCCUUCAUACCACCGUCCUGCCUCUCUCACAACCUCCUCUUCCCCUCGUCCUCUACCUCCUCCAACAGAAUUCUACCGCCCUCCCCCACAGCGUUCUACACCACCUCCUGAACCAGCAACUCCAACCGACCCCACCGUCCCUAUUACUAAGCCCAAUUUCAGAGAACAAAGGCCGAUCAGUGUACCUUUUGCUGGAGGUGCAAAAGCGCUAGACGAUAGAGGGUUAUUGAAGAAAGGGGAGAGCCCAAGGAGUAAAGUGGGAGGGAGGAUAAUAGGGGAUGAUAUGUGUGGAGGAUGCGGGAAGAGGGUUUAUGCUGCGGAGCAGGUAUUUUCUGUUAGCCAUAAAUGGCACAGAUGGUGUUUGAAAUGUAACAAGUGUAAGACGACAUUAGAUCCCUCAAAGGUAUCUGAUAGAGAAGGCAUUCCUUACUGUAAGAACUGUUAUGCCAAGGAAUUCGGCCCCAGUGGUACUUUAAGAUAACAUCCUCAUUGGAAAGCAGCUGGGUUAUUUGGUGGGUUUAAGAGGCUACCUUGUUUGUUUUGGGUGCGACGCGCAUAAUGGGGGUCAUGAAGUAAAACGCAAAUAGAUGACAGGAAACCAUUAGAUGCUAUCCAGGCCUGGAGCUUGAUUUACUUACUGGUUAUCCUUAGUUAGUGGUUCACGGACAUACUGCAUGCACAAAUAAUGCAUAGUUCAGA